AUGCCUGGUGUUCCUAAGGAUGCUCUUGACAACUUGAAGGCCAAGCUCAAGAAGGUCUUCAGCAAGAGCAAGAAGUCCAAGGCCGAGAAGAAGCCUGCCGAGGCAUCCAAGGCUGACGCUUCGAAGACCGACGCUGCGGCCCCUGCUGCCGCAGCCGCCGCCGAAGCCCCCAAGGCUGAUCAGCCCGCCGAGGCACCUGCUGCUCCUGCGCAGGCUGCUGCUACUACCGAGGCUCCCAAGCCUGAGGCGCCCGUCGAGGCCGCUGCCCCGGCUGCACCCCCGCCCCUGUCGCCGAGGCCCCCGCCGAAGCCAAGCCCGCCCCCGCUGCUUAAGCGGACGUCAUCUACGAUGGUCUCCGAUCGAAUCAAUUCAGACAGUAUAAACUGA